GUAUGGGAUACCCGGCUCACUGUCAUAACGAUCGUUCUGAAUGUGGCUCUGAUUUUCGCAAAGAUAACAGCUGCUAUUCUCUCCGAUUCGCUUUCGAUUAUUGCUUCAGUGGUCGACAGCGCCAUGGACAUCACUUCAGGAUUGGUCUUGUGGUACACUUGUCGACUGAUUGAAAGAUCAAACAAGCACCAUUAUCCCGUCGAUCCAGUCCCGACGGGUCGACCAUGCCGCAAUUGCUUCCGCUCGUUAUCCUCUGCACAGACAGCGAUCAAAGCAGUGCUUUACAUCAUCUGUCGUACACGAAAUACUUCUGCCAGUCGGAUUUUGGCCAUUGAUCAGCGGAAUGACUGUUUCACGAACAUCGUCGCUCUCGCUGGUGCCUAUAUAGGCCACCAGUGGUGGAAGUACGCAGAUCCUAUUGGAGCUGCCAUUCGAACUCUCAUCAUAGUUACAUGGCUGUUCACUGUGAAGGAACAAGUGCCGCUGUUGAUUGGAAAAUCGGCGAGUCCACAACUAAUCAAUCGCAUUAUAAACGUGGCCAUCAGUCACGACGAGCGCAUCAAACAUCUGGACACCGUGUACGUCUACCACUUUGGAGCCAAUUUCCUUGUUGAACUGCAUGUGGUGAUGGACCGGGAGAUCAAUUUGUGUGAAGCGCACGACGUGUCAGAAACACUGCAGUUGAAGCUCGAGCAGCUUUCUUUUCGUUGA